AUGGUAAAACAAGCCAUGGCGGACCUUCUUAAUCCAUUGGCCAAUAGAAUACGAUCACAGUUCGAGAACAUAGAGCAUGUUGUGCCUGCGAAUGUCUCUUACUUAACGAUAUUCAACCCAGCGUUGAGCAAUGAUAGUGAGUCGGAAGCAGAUUUGGUCAAACUGAUCUUAUGCUAUGUUGUGGGGAAAAAUAGCAAGAACCAUAGUGAAAGCGAUAAUCAACCAUUAGAAGUGGACAACAAUGCUAAGCUACGACAGAUUGGUCUCAUUCAAGGUAUCACAAACUUUGCAAAAGAGUUUUCAGAAGGUGGAAAUAAGGAUAUUGAUUAUAUUGACACUGAGCAAACGAGGAUUAUUAUACAAAAAGUUGAAAUUAAUUACUAUAUUGUGGCCUGUAUUGAGUUGACAAAAUUGAUGGACAAUGAUAAUGAAAGCGACUCAGAUUCUGGAUCGAUGCACAAAAGCUUUAAUAGUCAUAUUAUGACGCGUACUGAAAGCAUCAAUAUUGAAUAUAGCUCUGCCAACAUUUCUCCUCCGUCCAUACUAUGUCAGGAUAUUAUGAAUGCUUAUAAUUUUUUCAAGUUACAUCAUGGAAGCUUCAGCUCUUUGCAGGAGCAACAUUCGAUUACAUUUGUUCAAAAGAUUCUCGAACUGUGGUGGUUUAAGUUUAUAAAAAAUUGGGAUUUGUCAUUAAACAGUAAAGGAUAUUUAAAAAUCUUGAAUAGUUAUAAAUUAUCAUCAAAAUCAAUAAGCUAUUCAAAUAGCUCAAAUAUCAAGAAUGUCAAUUUGAUCACAGAGAAACUAUCCGAAUUCUUUCAGCUGAACUCUUCCAAGCUAAUUGAUAUGAUUAUUUACAAUCCGUUAGACUUAUCGACGUUAUUGAAGAAUGGCGACUCAAGUAACUUCCCCAAUGAAGAUGCUAUCAUUGAUAACAGCGGCAGCAAGAAUAGUGGUGCACAUAAAAGUAGAAUAUUGAUUGAAGAAUAUGGUGUCAUUUUCAAGGGUUUUGAUAUAAUUUCAAAUGAAUCUUUGGUGGAUAUUUAUAAUUGGUUGGAGAAUAAUAAUUUAGUGGGUAUUGAUUCAGAAAGAUUGAUGAUGGACAAUUAUCCACAAGGCGUAAAAGUUGAUGCAAACAAAGUGUCAGAGGCUAAUAAUGUGGAUGCAGAUAAUAGUGCAAUUUUUAAUCCCUUUAGCUCAACUCUCAACAAAGUUGUGAAUUUCUUUGCGCCGCUUGACGCUCUGAAUUUCAUGGUAGGAAAUAGUGCUGAUAAAACGGAUGCGGAUGGAGAUGAGCAUCACGUUAAAAAUUUGAAUCUGAUGUUGAAAAAGAUGUCCACAAACAAGAAACAAAUAAGAGGUCAGUAUUUGAUUGGCGUAAAUGACAAGAUACCUGGCGCAUCAGUUGGCUCAACCCCAACAACCUCACCUAACCCAGAUAGAAUUUUGAAUUCUCCGUGGAAUAACAAAGACAUACUUUUAAAAACAGUUUACUUAAAAUUAUCCAACAGAGAUCCUGGAAGUGAAAGUAUCUCUAUCACAACUUCGAAUAACCCCUUUGAAAGAUCAGCCAUCGAUCAAGAAUUUUUGGAGUGCAAUCUAGUGAUCUACGAAAUCGGUGGCUUGUUAUUUGUGUUGAUCUUUGAAAGUGACUACGAGGACUUGAACAAUAUGGUAUUCUAUGAACAACUAGAAGAAAACAUUAUUGAAUUAUUUGAAUCUAUUAAUGAGUACUUUCAUAAUAAUAAUAAUCAUAAUAAUAAUGAAAAUAAUCAUCAGUCAGUGGGUAUGAGAAAGUUUGAAAAUUCGAAAAACAAAACAACCCAAAAUUUGAAAAACGAUAGGGACUUAAGAAAUUACCUAAGCUUGAAGACACUCCUGUUGCCAUUUGGAAUGUAUUUCAAUAGCUCUGAAACACCAGAUGCGAUCACAAAACGAACGGAUGAAUAUUUAAGAAGUCACAUUGAAGAAGAUCAACAGAAGUUGGAUAAAUAUAAAUCUACAUUCUAUUACAUUGUUUUCGUGCCUGAUCUACAGUUCUAUCAAACAUCUUUGCCACUCAUCCCGAGCCCAGAGGAAGUGCUCUUUGGUAAAAAUAACGAGAUAAUAAGUUUAAAUCAAGGAGGUGCAGGUGAAUCAGGAUUUUUAGAUCCAAGAUAUAUAUUCGAUUUACUGGUGUCCAGAACUCAGUCCCUUCAUUUACAUAAUCAGUUGUGUCAGCAAUUCAAUUUUGACAAUUCUCUGGAAAGGCAGCGAGCUAUCGAAAAAAUGGUGAGUACUGACAAGUUUUGGUGGAUCUAUUACAGCAGAUCGUUAAGUGAUACUGCAGAUGAUGGAUCAACGUCCAAAAAGGUGACUGAUUUUUAUGGAUUAGAUCAAAAUAAUUACUAUAGGAGCAAUCAUCAUGACAGAGAGGUUUUUGUUUUGAAAAAGUUCAGCAAUUUGAGGAGAAGUAAGAACUUGUUGUUUACUGAUAAAAGUGAAGAUUUCCUUAGCAUGCUUGGAGACAAUGUGAAAAUUUGGUUCGAUAAUUGUAUUAGCACAGGAAGAGUAUGA